AUGCGCCUCGCUUACCCCACUGCAAGACGCUCGGCAGCGAGCUACGUGUUGCAUAAUGUGACGGUACCAGAACCGUAUGACUACCUUGAAGAUCCUGAAAACAACGAAACGAAAUCAUUCGUGAAAGCCCAAAACGAUCUCUUCGGUGAAUACAUGAGGUCCACCGAAGCACUUGGGAAUAAGUUGUAUAACCGCAUUUCCCAAACGUUCGACUUCCCCCGAACGUCCAACCCCAGUUUUCGGAACGGUCGUUAUUACUUUUAUCACAAUACUGGUCUACAGAACCAAAGUGUUUUGAAGCGUGCCACGAGUCUAACAGACUCCAACCCCACAACCUUCCUUGAUCCCAAUAUCCUGAGCAAUGAUGGCACAACGGCCUUGAAGGCCACGGCAUGGAGUGAGGACGAAUCCCUGUUCGCAUACAGUGCCAGUGACAAGGGAAGCGAUUGGCAACACAUUCACGUGCGGCGGGCAGACACGGCUGAGGACACUGAGGAUGUUAUUGAGUGGGCCAAGUUCACAGGUAUCUCAUGGUUACACAACACUGGAUUCUUCUACACGCGCUUCCCAGCUCUUAAGGGGGAUGUGGAUAAAGGCGCUGAAACAGACGCGGCGAAGGAUCCUUUUGUUUGCUUCCACCGCCUCGGUACGAAGCAGGAUGAGGAUGUGGUCGUACUCUCUCUACCAGAGCAUCCCCACUGGGGGGUUUCUGCUGAGGUAUCUAACUGUCACUCGUACCUUGUUGUUUCUAUUACCGAUGGUUGUGAGCCAAAGAACUUGAUAUGGAUCACCAAGUUACCUAUCGAUGGAGCUGAGAAGCUUUCCCCUUCUACAUUAACAUACAAUAAGUUGUUUAACGAAUUUGUCGGUUCGUUUGAAUACUUGGGGAAUGAUGGCACCACCUUUUACUUCGUGACAACGCGCGACGCGCCGCGAAAGAAGAUCAUCUCCGUUGACAUCGCCACUGGGAAGGAGCAGAUUGUUGUGGGGGAGAGGGAGGCCGUCCUCGACCACGCCGCACUCGUGAAGAACACUCUGAUUCUCGUCUACCUUGAAGAUGUCAAGAGUACUCUUUAUUACUGCUGCUUGGACAAACCAGAGUUAAAGAAAAUAACCAUACCUAUCGGAGCGAUAUCUUCCCUCUUUGCGGACCGCAAGGUGGACCUCGUGUCCUUCAAGGUUACAUCUUUCCUCCUCCCGGGGCGAUCGUUCGUGUUGGACAUCAACGAUCCCGAGGGAUCACUUCGCGUUUUCAAGGAUGACAAUAUCGAGGGCCUCUCUGCUGAUGACUUUAUCACGGAACAGAAGUUCUAUAACUCAGCUGACGGUACCCGAAUUCCAAUGUUCAUUAUUCACCGGAAGGGGAUAGUGACGUCGGAGUCUCCGGUGCUUCUCUACGGCUAUGGAGGCUUCAACAUAUCCCUCACACCGUCGUUCAGCUCAUCCCGUGUGGUGUUUCUACAGCACCUCCGCGGGGUUCUCGCGGUGCCGAACAUUCGAGGGGGCGGUGAAUACGGAGAGGCUUGGCAUAACGCUGGUCGUCUGACAAGUAAACAAAACUGUUUCACGGACUUCAUUGAAGCGGCGAAGUUCCUCCACGGAAAUGGCUACGGCAACCCGGCAACAACAGCCAUCAUGGGGGGCUCAAAUGGUGGGCUGCUGGUGGCGGCGGUUGCAAAUCAAGCACCUGAACUCUUCCGUUGUGUUAUAUGCCAGGUGGGUGUGCUGGACAUGUACAAAUUCCAUAAGUUCACUAUCGGCCACGCUUGGAGGUCAGAUUUUGGUGACCCAGAUAAAGAGGAGGACUUCAAGGUGUUGCAAAAGUACAGCCCACUACAUAACAUCAAAAGCGGGGUUAAAUACCCUGCAAUUUUGGUGGUAACAGGUGAUCACGACGACAGGGUGGUGCCACUGCAUUCGCUUAAGUACAUUGCGGCACUUCAGCACGAAAACCCAACGGAGGGAGGCCCCUUCCUUGCUCGUGUUGAAGUGGCCGCCGGUCACGGUGCUGGUAAGCCCACCAGUAAAAUUAUGCAGGAGUCGGCGGAUAUUUACACAUUUAUUGCAAAAAAUACGAACGCCCAGUGGACAGACUGA